GAGAGAGAGAGAGAGAGAGAGAGAGAGAGAGGCCGUUUUGGGAAGCAUUCAUUUCAUUUUGCAGAACAAAAGCUUCGGUUUUUACGUCUGUUGUGGGAGUGAUUAUGACAGUUAGCAAAUUCUGAAAAGAGAGAGAGAGAGAGAGAGAGAGAGAGAGAGAGAGAGAGAGAGAGAGAGAGAGAAUUGAGCUUCACACAACUCUUGCUUAACUCAUGAUUCUUCUUCACUCUAAUUGGAACGAACAUUGAAGGAAAAUGCUAACCGUCAUUCGGCGUUGGUUGAGCACAAAAAGUUUCUUCAACUAUGAUAGUGCAUAGACAUAUGUCUUGAAGUUCCAAAUUGUUGGCAUGAAUGAUUCGAAGAAAGAGACUGAAAGAUUGAGUGCGAUCCAUAGAAAAAGUUCAAGCAACAAAAAUUGCGAAAUGGGUUUUGGUGGGUCUGACGGUGAAGAUAAGCUUCGACGUCCCACUGCUAGUAUUAGCAAGAGAUUUAAGCUUCCGAGAAAGCAGUUUUUCGAUGACUGCAACACAGUUGAUCAUGCCUCCAUCCCUCGGAAGCUACGUUCAGCCACGAAGAAGCGCAAUCACGCAUCCAUUUCUCCACCAUUAUCACAUAAGAAGAAGAAGGACCGUGUGAUCAUUGGAGUCCAAUUACCUAGAAAGGAUGCCAUAAAGAAAAGCAAAAAAUCGCAUCAACAAGGAGACUUAGAAGGAUCUCUAGGUCAGACAAUGGAAGGGCCAAUCACGAAAGAUGAGGAGGAAGUAGUAGAGACUCUGAGUGCUUUGUCUGCGAUGUUUGGCUUUCCUACCAAUGAGCAGAACGAUUUUGACUGUAAAUUGGUUAAUGAAAAAUCUUCGCCUUUGCUAGAGGGAGAUAUCCCAAGGCCUACAUUUCAAGAUCCCACAGCUCCUGAAAAGGAAGAGGACUCAAAUUCAAAUUGUCCCUCAACUGCUGCAGAGGCUGCAAAUUCUUCGUUACUGGAAGGGUCAGCUCUAGAAACUUUACAAGUUGAAUGUUCGACCAAGUACCAGAACAAGUUAGAUAAUACCAUUUCUCAAAGAAAUCUCCAACCAUUGUCUCUCUUAUCAAAAAGUGAAAACAUUGACGGGAAACCAUCCUGGAGUUCUGUUGGUUGCAAGGUUCAAUCUGACCUAAGCCUGGGAAGUGGCUCUAAACAUCCCAAGCACGAGGAAGCCACGAUUUCCACUGGAAAACCAGUGGGUUUCUUUUCAAAACCGACUACUGCUGUCAGCACCAAACACGAAGUUCAAUAUACCCUCCAGGGGAGGAAGAAUAGUGGUUCUGCAUUGUGGCCAGGCUUACUUUCAGCACAAUCGCCUGGUUCUUUCCCCCAGGGACCUACCAUGGAGUCAUCAACUGCAAAAACUCCUGGCUGUUUGCAUGUGGCUUCUUCUUUAGCCCAACCUGGUUCCUUGGAUAAUGGUGUUUUGACAGAUAAGGAUUCUAUAGCUCCAGUUGGUGGAAAGAAGACAUGGACGGGAUGUUCAGCUCAUAUGUACAUUUGUCAUCUAAUAAAGGACUUGGAAAUUGCUGGGAGAGAAGAUGGGUCACCUUUUCAGCCUACUCUGUUAACACCAAACGAAGGAUCAAAAGAAAGUGGUUCGAAUGGAGCUGUUUCUUCACACACCGUAAUUGCUGAGAAAAAUCCAAACGAAAUAUGGAAUGCCAUUCUUUUGCACAAGAGGCUCCUUCAAGAUCAGCAACAGGGUCCUACACAGAAACAGUGUUUUGAUUUCUUGUCACUCUCAACUGGAAGUGGUGGAUUGGAAGCGUCUAAUAGUACUAACAAAGUGGGGAAUGUGCCCGAGCCAUUGACACAGUUUCAUAUUCCUUACCUGAACUCACUUGUGCAAAAUCAAACUGUACUGCCUUUCUCUAUGCCCCAAAUUCGGUUUUGCUCCACUCCUUUUGCUGACAACCCUCCAUCGGCUGCAACAAAGCAGGUCCAGAUACCACCAACUCCACAUGUGGGCACCCCACUUUUGGGUCAUAGAUUGGGUUUCUCGGCCUCACCAAAACAAGAGCAGCAGCAACGGAUUUGGGCAACUCAGUACAGGCCCACGGGAGUUGCUGCUACCCAUUUUCCGAAUUGGCAUGAUGGAAGAUACGACCCGUAUGGAUUACAUUAUGCUCAAUUCAUCCUCCCACCUUCACAUUCUUCUUCACUAGAAGUACUCGGCCCCAAGUAUUCGCCCAUCUCUCAACAGCAAUUACUGUGCCAUGAGCACCUUUAAGUAAGGACUCGGGACUAUCACAGUUAAGGGGGCUGACGAUGCUUCACGUCCGAAGAAUGGGUAACAUCCUUUCAUAGUAGAAUAUGAGAUGCUUGAGCUCCAUAUGAUGACUUUCCGAGCAGUAAGUUGAUGUCGCAGUUUUAUGAUGUCUGAUCAUUUAGCAUCUUCAGCAUCGAAGGAUUGAUUAGCUGCGCCAUUAGGUGUGGAAGUCUCCUACUGAUAUAUACAGAGAGGCAUACAAUAUGGAUGUGUAUUUUAAUCUUUAACAAUCUUUGCUAGGCUCAGGUUCGUUUAAGGUUGUCUAGCUACAAUUUCAUGUUGUUCUAAAGCAAAUGACAUCAGUGGAAUUUACUUACCCAGUAAAAGUAAGAAGGCAAGGAAUAGAAGCGAGACAUACACAUGUUUAUUAA